CGGUGCCUUUAGGUGGGUGUUGUCUUAUACUCUCUCUUACUUACACACAGACAGACACACCCACAGACACAGACACAUACACACACCACCACCAUUCACUGAUCGAUCUGCAAGACUAGACACUUCUAGAUCACUCAACACCGGCGAGAUAUCUUCGACUCAUUCCAACGAGGUUUAGUCGAUUCAGGUUUGUUCGGAUUAAUGGAUCUGCGCUACAGCAUGUUUACCUGAUCGAAAGCCUGCAGGACGGAGAGUUUGAGAGCCCUGCAUUGGCAUCGGUAUUUUCACCGCAUUUGGCAUCGAACUAGAUUGUCACGGUUGAUGAUAUUGUUGUUGUUGUUUUUUUUUUUUUUUAUGAGUUAUGUUCGAGCUGGGGUUUGUUUAGAUUCUCACCUGAAUGGAAGAAAAAAAAGACAAAAAAAGAAAAAAACGAUAGGAAGGAUCUUACUGAGACUGCUGAAUUCCCUGACGGAAGUGAGCAGAUGGGCCUUAGAGGCGUCGAAAGUACCGCCUAGUUUGUGGGAGGAGUUCGGGGACUCGGUGCCGGAUCGUUGGUACGAUUGCGGUAGGUUGAAUUAGUUGCGGCAUCAUUAGGGAGUACUGGGACUGUAGCAUGUUCUGAAGAGCUGUGGAUGGUUAGGGUGUUGCGGAGCUGAGGGAGGUUGGCGGGGAAGUUAGACUGGUUUAUAGAAUGAGCGGCAGAUUGGGUUUGGAACUUGUGGAGAGGAGACUUAAGUUUGGAGAGUUAGAGGGAAGGACUUGCAUUCAGUGAUUUGAGAGUUGGGUUUUACACUUUAUCACCACACUAUUGUUGACAGCUGCUGAAGGGUUCCCUUGAUGAGCGAGGGAGCAGCCUUGUAGUGCACAUCGCGGCCCUGCAGAAAAAGAAGUGCCGUGAGUUCGUUGUAGACAUUUCAGUAGAGCGGGUUGGUGUAAAAUUUUCGGAUCUGAUCCAACCCAGGCUUCAGGUUAAAUGUAUAGACGCUCACCGUUCAUAGAACUUAUCAUCAAUCUAACUUGAGCUGCACGGGUGCUGCACUUCUCCUCCCCGGGCUGCUGUGUUGGUUCUGAAAGGUUGCCUUGAUUCAGCCAUCCAGAGCUAGCGUCACGGCGAGAUAUGUGCUCUGAGCAGAUUCAACGCAUCAACUAUACUAUUUUUGGCACAACUGAAUCGCCCAUUUUGCCGUCGCAGCCAUUUUCUUACAUUCUCGACUACUAGACUUAUCAGACCUUGAGAUAGUGGUUUGUUUACACCUAUCCACAUUAGCAAGGGUGGCUCUUCGCACGAACUCAAACCUGCAGGUGUUUACGAAGCUCGAUAAAAGAAACGGAGACUAGAUUGGGGGAGACGUUUCGAGAAGGUGAAUCUUGUUUCACCGCCAAGAAUACCGAAGUCUAAAGGAUCCCGACUCUUGUCGAAGAUGCACAUAGAUUGUCUGAUCUUCAUCUGAAUUCUGGAUCGGAUCACUUUGGAGUUUGAUUCCAGGGCUGGACUUCCACCAUCCUUCAAGUUGUAGAUAGGUCUAUCUGCAACCCCAAUAGUUUCAGAGUCCCGUCCGACAGUGCUAAUCUGAUCGAGUGCAAGUGGACUGGCUCGCACAAUCUGAUACCUUUUAAUUCACUCUUCAUUUCACUGACUCUGACCACGACUUAGCCGCGUCAUCAGAAUGGACACCAACCAACAGGGAUUGCCGUCUCUGAACCAUCUUCUCCAGCAUGCGCUUCGCAGGUUAUGCACCGAAUCGGAAUGGGUUUAUGCUGUCUUCUGGCGCAUUCUGCCGCGCAAUUACCCUCCCCCACAGUGGGACACAGAAGUCGACAUGAUGGACCGAUCGAAGAGCAACAAGCGUAACUGGAUUUUGGUAUGGGAAGGUGGGUUUUGCAACUUCUCUGCCUGCGCCACUGGCUUAGGGAAUGAUGGCAGACCAGGAUCCUUGUGCUUUCAAGGUCGGCAGCAGCCACAAGGUAGUGACGAACCUUGUGAAGCCAUGAGUCCUGAGCUUUUCUUCAAAAUGUCCCACGAAGUUUACAACUAUGGAGAAGGUUUGUUGGGAAAAGUAGCUGCUGAUAACGGGCACAAGUGGGUGUAUCGAGAACCUGUAGAGUACGAUAUUAGUUUUCUCUCUCCAUGGCACGGCUCCCUGGAACCUCAUCCAUGCACAUGGGAAGCACAGUUCAAGUCGGGAAUUCAGACCAUUGCAGUGAUGGCAGUACAGGAAGGCGUUAUUCAGCUAGGAUCCACGAAGAGGAUAGUGGAGGAGUUGAACUUCAUACUCCACUUGCAAAGGAGAUUCAAUUACCUGCAAUCCAUCCCCGGUGUGUUAGUCCCUCACCCUUUUUCGUGCGCAAGCAGGAAGAGGUUGAUCGGCAAUGGUCCUCCGCCCGCUGGCCGUGGCCACAGGAUGGCAAUCCCAGAUUACGACAAGCCCACGUCAAAUCUCAACUUGCCAGUACGCUCAGUCGACCAGUUCAUGUCGUCACGUAUCGGCCCGCAGCUGUGGCGGUCGUCCAGCGACACCACUGUCCUUGGAUUGAAGCGGCCGCUUGAUUCAGACCCAUUACCGUUAUGUACGGAUCAUCCCUACAUGAAUACCGGCGAGGGAUUCCACCAUCAGCGAGAAAGCCCGUCUCCUAUGAAGUCUUUGAACACCGGACUCACAAGUGCGCAGGGUGGGGCGAGUCCUACCAUUCCAAACCUGCUUUCAUCCAUGUCAAGCCUGCAAGCGCUGUUGUCGAAGUUGCCAAGCGUGAAGCCAACGGAGAUGGACAGCAACAACUGCACCAGCGUUGUCACGGCAACUAGCAGCGGCUUCGAUGCCACUGCAGGAAUAAGCGGCCGACCUCCUGUCAGCCGCUCAGUCGUUAACAAAAUGGCCAAGGAAAGGGCCGCUUCUUCGAAAGAGACCGCUGCAGCUGAGAACGGUUACGUGCCUGGGGACUCGCAAACGCACCUGAACCCGGCGUCUAAGACGAAAGCCGAGCCAGUGCAAGAUCAGAACAUCGACAUCGCUGGUGCGGCAACAACAUCGACAAGCUCCCCGAGCUCAGGAAACUCGGAUGUGGUCUCGGCUGAGCACGCGUCGGACGUUGACACCGAGGUACAUCAGACCGGGACUUCUGAAUGCAAAUCUGACAGCCAGAAGGCUUUCUGCAGCUCGACGUUCCUGGACACUUUCGAUAACCUCGCGGACUUCGGCACCCUUGCUGAGGCCGGAGACUCUUAUAACUUAUUCUUGAGUGAGAUGUACAGCGGAUGAUUUCAACUACACAGAUUAAUCAAUUCCUGGCCAUCCAGUUUCACGAUCCGCACAAUCUGUCCUAGGGUGCAACUGAUCCAAGUGAUAGCAUCUCAUACCGAUAUCGAGCCUGCAUUUUUCUUUUACAUUACGAGUUACCCCCGAGUGCUUGGAUUUGCUUACUUUCGUCUAUUAAGAAAGUACAAUCUUAUCUGGAGUUGUCAGAUUUAAAUUAAUCCUGGCCGUUCUUACCGUGGUGGUCAACUGAAAGGGAAACGUGAUUACUUGUGGUAACCGUUUAAUUAAUAUUACUUAAACCUAGAUAAUGGGGAGUAAUUUAUUGUACAGCUUUAGAGGUAUUAAUGGAACACCAUUGACUGCUCUUGCGAACAGAUUCAUGUACUUCUUAAUGUGAAGUGAUAACCAAUAUACAGUUGAUUGGGAA